UCUUCCUCAGCGGUUUAAGGGCACGGACGGCGCGGAGAAGGCGGCGGAGAAAGCGAAGCCCGCUAAGGCGGAGGAGGCCAAGGGGAAAGCGGCGAAGCCCGAGGAGAGCAUGGAGGAGGGGCCACCGAAGUAUACAAAAUCCAUUUUAAAGAAGGGCGAUAAAACCAACUUUCCGAAGAAGGGAGACACUGUUCAUUGCUGGUAUACAGGAAAACUACAGGACGGAACAGUCUUUGAUACCAACAUUCAAACAAGUUCAAAGAAGAAAAAAGCAGCCAAACCGUUAAGUUUCAAAGUUGGCGUAGGAAAAGUAAUCAGAGGCUGGGAUGAAGCUCUCUUAACAAUGAGUAAAGGAGAGAAGGCUCAGCUGGAAAUUGAACCCGAGUGGGCCUAUGGCAAGAAGGGGCAGCCCGAUGCCAAGUAUCCUUCCACCAUCAGUUACUCGUUAA